UUCACUCCUGCCAGCAAGGCUAUCCCAUUUGGUGGCUGUGUAGCUCAACUCUAUUUUUUCCACUUCCUAGGCAGCACUCAGUGCUUCCUCUACACUUUGAUGGCCUAUGACAGGUACCUGGCAAUAUGCCAGCCUCUUCGCUACCCUGUGCUCAUGAAUGGAAAGUUAUGCACAAUCUUAGUGGCUGGAGCUUGGGCGGCUGGCUCUAUCCAUGGGUCUAUUCAAGUCACCCUGACCUUCCGAUUGCCCUACUGUGGACCCAACCAGAUAGAUUAUUUCAUCUGUGACAUUCCUGCAGUGUUGAGACUGGCCUGUGCUGACACAACAGUCAAUGAACUUGUGACCUUUGUGGACAUUGGGGUGGUGGCCGCCAGUUGCUUUAUGCUGAUUCUGCUCUCCUAUGCCAACAUAGUUCAUGCCAUCCUGAAGAUCCGCACUGCUGAUGGGAGGCGGCGUGCCUUCUCCACGUGUGGCUCCCAUCUCACUGUGGUCACAGUCUACUAUGUCCCCUGUAUUUUCAUCUACCUUCGGGCAGGCUCCAAGAGUCCCUUGGAUGGAGCAGUUGCUGUAUUUUACACUGUUGUUACUCCAUUACUGAAUCCCCUCAUCUACACCCUGAGAAACCAGGAAGUGAAGUCUGCUCUGAAGAGGCUAAGAGCAGGGAGAGGAGGGAAUGUGGAUGGAGAUAAGUAG